AUGCCUUCCCUUCCCAAUUCUGAUGAGCUCAUUUUUUUUGUGAAUGGAAGAAAGGUAACAGAAAAGAAAGCUGAUCCCGAGGCAAAUCUCCUGUUCUACCUGAGAAAAGUCCUCCGUCUCACGGGCACGAAAUAUGCCUGUGGAGAAGGAGGCUGCGGUGCCUGCACGGUGAUGGUGUCACGAUACAACGCCAAGACCAAGACCAUCCACCAUUUUCCAGCUACCACGUGCCUGGUGCCCAUCUGCUCUCUGCAUGGGGCUGCUGUCACCACGGUGGAAGGUGUAGGAAGCAUCAAAACCAGGAUUCACCCAGUGCAGGAAAGACUUGCCAAGUGCCAUGGCAUGCAGUGUGGAUUCUGCAGCCCGGGGAUGGUGAUGUCCAUCUACACCCUGCUAAGGAACCACCCAGAGCCGACCCCUGAGCAGAUAACUGAAGCUCUUGGAGGUAAUUUGUGCCGCUGCACUGGAUACCGACCAAUUGUAGAAAGUGGAAAAACUUUCUGUGCGGAAUCGACUGUUUGCCAAGUGAAAGGGUCAGGAAAAUGUUGCCUGGAUCCAGAAGAGAGGUCUUUUGCAAACAGACAGGAAAAGAUAUGUACCAAACUGUACAAUGAAGAUGAAUUCCAGCCCUUCGAUCCAUCCCAGGAGCCUAUAUUCCCUCCUGAGCUGAUAAGAAUGGCAGAAGAUCCAAACAAGAGAAAGCUGACAUUCCAAGGGGAGAGGACUACCUGGAUCAGCCCCGUGACCCUGAACAACCUUCUGGAGCUGAGAACCAAUUUCCCCAAAGCCCCGCUUGUCAUGGGGAACACUGCAGUGGGACCCAGCAUUAAAUUCGGAAAUGAAUUCCAUCCAGUUUUCAUAUCUCCACUUGGGCUUCCAGAAUUGCAUUUUGUGAAUACUACAGAUGCUGGGGUGACAAUAGGUGCAGGAUACAGCCUGGCCCAGCUGAACGAUGCCUUAUGCCUUAUCAUUUCGGAGCAACCGAAGGAGAAGACUAAGACCUGUCGAGCUCUCCUGAAGCACCUGAGGACACUUGCAGGAGCCCAGAUUAGGAAUAUGGCCACUUUAGGGGGACAUGUGGUGAGCCGGCCUAAUUAUUCUGACCUGAACCCUAUUUUAGCAGCAGGAAACGCUACCAUCAAUCUGAUAUCUAAAGACGGACAACGGCAGAUUCUUUUAAAUGGCCCUUUCCUUGAGAGAUCACCUGAGGCCAACCUGAAAUCGGAAGAGAUUGUGCUGUCUGUUUCUAUUCCCUACUCUACUCAGUGGCACUUUGUGUCAGGACUCCGGCUGGCCCAACGUCAGGAGAAUGCCUUUGCCAUUGUCAAUGCCGGGAUGAGCGUGAAGUUUGAAGAUGGCACAAACAUUAUCAAGGAACUUCAAAUGUUCUACGGAAGCGUUGGCCCCACCAUUGUCUCUGCAAGCCAGAGCUGCAAGCAGCUCGUUGGGAGGCAAUGGGAUGACCAAAUGCUGACUGACGCCUGCCGCUGGGUCCUGGAUGAGAUUUACAUUCCACCAGCAGCUAAGGGCGGCAUGGUGGAAUACAAGCGAACCCUCAUCAUCAGCUUGCUCUUCAAAUUCUACCUCAAAGUGAGGCAAGGACUGAAUAAAAUGUGUGUGGAUCCCUACCAACACCCUCAAGAUCCAGUUGGACACCCAGUGAUGCACCAGUCGGCCAUCAAGCAUGCCACAGGAGAAGCUGUGUUUAUUGAUGACAUGCCUCCCAUCAACCAAGAACUCUUCCUGGCUAUAGUCACCAGUACCAGAGCUCAUGCAAAGAUCAUAUCAAUUGAUAUUUCAGAAGCCCUGGCACUUCCAGGUGUGGUUGAUGUGAUAACAGCAGAAGAUGUUCCGGGAGAUAAUAAUCAUCACAGAGAGAUUAUCUAUGCACAGAACGAGGUAAUUUGUGUGGGUCAGAUCGUCUGCACUGUGGCAGCUGACACCUAUGCUCAUGCAAAAGAAGCGGCUAAAAAACUGAAGAUCACUUAUGAAGACAUAGAACCAAAGAUUAUCACAAUAGAGGUAGUCGGACCACUUUGUGAGGUCCACGUGGAAGGACAGGAACAUUUUUACAUGGAAACGCAAACUAUCCUGGCUAUCCCAAAAAGAGAAGAUAAAAAAAUGGUGUUACAUCUUGGAACACAGUUUCCAACCCAUGUGCAGGAAUACGUGGCUGCGACACUAAAUGUCCCAAGGAGCAGAAUCGCCUGCCACGUGAAAAGAGCUGGAGGAGCGUUUGGGGGAAAAGUGACCAAGCCUGCUCUGCUAGGAGCUGUCAGUGCUGUGCCCGCCAACAAGACUGGCCGCCCAAUCCGGUUUAUCCUGGAGCGUGGAGAUGACAUGCUGAUAACUGCUGGCCGCCACCCACUCCUUGGGAAAUACAAAAUUGGAUUCAUGAACAACGGUGUGAUCAAAGCUGCUGAUGUUGAAUAUUAUGUCACUGGUGGGUGCACUCCUGAUGAAUCUGAGCUGGUGUUGGAGUUCAUUGUAUUGAAAUCUGAGAAUGCAUAUUAUAUUCCUAAUUUCCGGUGCCAUGGUAGGCCGUGCAAAACAAAUUUGCCAUCCAACACUGCCUUCCGAGGAUUUGGCUUCCCUCAGGCUAUGGUGGUCGUUGAAGCUUACAUAACUGCUGUGGCAUCUCAAUGUAACUUACUCCCUGAAGAGGUUAAAGAAAUAAACAUGCUUAAGAGAAUUAGCAAAACAGCCUAUAAGCAGACAUUUAAUCCGGAGCCCUUGAGAAGAUGCUGGAAGGAAUGUCUGGAGAAAUCUUCCUUCCAUGCUAGGAAACUGGCAGCAGAGGAAUUUAACCAAAAGAAUUACUGGAAAAAGAGGGGGCUUGCCGUAGUCCCCAUGAAAUUUACCAUUGGGAUGCCCAUGGCCUACUACAAUCAGUGUCUUAGUGAAAGCAGCAGCUGCUCUAGUCCCAUCUAUCUGGAUGGCUCUGUCUUGGUGACUCAUGGUGGCUGUGAACUGGGACAAGGCCUGCACACCAAAACUAUUCAGGUGGCUAGUCGAGAACUCAACAUCCCCCAGUCCUAUAUACACUUGUCUGAAACAAGCACAGUCACGGUGCCUAACGCCGUCUUCACCGCAGGGUCAAUGGGGACAGACAUCAACGGAAAGGCCGUGCAGGGAUUGGGUGAGGCUGGAAUGUUCAUGGGAUCCUCUGUGCUAUUUGCCAUAUAUGACGCAGUGGCGGCUGCCCGCAGAGAGAGGGGGCUAACCAAGACCUUCACCCUGAGUAGCCCAGCAACUCCUGAAGUGAUCAGGAUGACUUGUGCGGAUCAGUUUACUGACAUGAUUGAGGGAGCAUUUAUCCAAGGCAUGGGAUUAUAUACCAUAGAAGAAUUGAAAUAUUCCCCAGAAGGUGUGCUUUACUCUCGGGGUCCAAGUGACUACAAAAUUCCCACUGUCACAGAGAUUCCAGAAGAGUUCUAUGUCACUCUAGUGCAUUCCCGAAAUCCCAUCGCCAUCUACUCAUCCAAGGUUGCAAAAGCCUUUGAAGACUCCAUCAGUCUCUCGGCUACUGGAUAUUUCAAAGGCUACCAGACACAUAUGGACUGGGAGAAGGAGGAAGGCAAUGUGUAUCCAUAUUUUGUUUAUGGCGCGUCCUGUUCUGAGGUUGAGGUUGACUGUCUCACCGGGGCUCAUAAGCUCCUUAGGACCGACAUCUUCAUGGAUGCUGCCUUUAGCAUAAACCCAGCCGUGGACAUUGGACAGGUGGGGUGGUCUUAG